UGGAUGGGUGGUCGACAUAAGGGGAAGUAAAUCCGGUGUUUUCCGCGAAUCAAUUUUCUAAUCUCAAAAUAAAUUGAUGAUAAACUCUUCACUUAAACAGGUGUACAAAAGGAUCAUCAUAUUCAGUAAUGAGUUUGGGAAGAAAAUGCAAAAGGAAAUUUGGUGUGAAGAAGCUCUUUGUUUUGACAGUUUUAUGCAGUCUUGGAGUCUACAUUGUAACAGUUGUGAACAGGGCUAGAGGGUUUAGAGAAGUAUGGACACCAAGUGGACCUGUCAAUGUUACAGUUGGACAGUGUGGAGUGAAAUGUGGGCGUGGUCAGAUAAGUUUCUAUGUAAAGACUGGGGUCGAAAUAAAAGAGGGCCCUAUGAUAUGCUACAACAAUCAAAUAGUUAUUAGUGAUAAACUCCAGAAUUUUGGAAGGGGGAUAAAUCUUGCUGUUAUCAAUGAUAAAACACUGGCAUUGGAGUAUGUGAAAGCGUAUGACACUUAUGUUGAUGAUUAUGAAUAUAUAAAAGACAUGAAGACAAAGGUCAAAGAAGGUCAUUUAGUAAUAAUGGCAAGCUUUGAUGAAAUAACAGAAAAUUUAAGUGAAGAAGGCCAUAAAUGGGUGAAGAUGUUUGGUAGUGAACUUAUUGACCAGGUUGGCUUUAGAGAUUCCUUCCUGCUGAUUGGUCAGAAAGGUCUCAAACAGGGUUAUGCCAUUGAAUCUGUACAAAGUAAAGGGGAGAAAAUCUAUAGUGACAGUACAGCAAGACAAGGUUGCUUCACCAUGCCAUUGGGACCAUUGUUGGCUGUGGAAGAAGUGAUCAACCAGUUGAUAUCCAACAAGAAGGUAACAUUAGGGAAGGCUGUGGAACAUUGUGGUAGAGACAGCAGCUGUCCUGACAGACAUAUUCCAGUUAUGGUCAGUACUGGUAAAGACAGUACUAAGUUACCUGAAAUUUGUGUCAAUGGCUUCAUGAUAAUGGAUAGUGAGGUAAAUAAUGCAGGACGAGGACUUAAUGUUGUGAUUAUAGAUCAACACACUGGUAACGCCAAGUCUGUUAUGAGGUUUGAUACCUACGAGAAAGACAGUACAAACAUGGAGUUAUAUUUAGAAAGUAUGAUGGCUGGAGAUAUUAUAAUUGCUGUGGCAUUUGAUGAUGCUUCCAGAAAACUGGCCUUUCAUACAAGAGAGCUACUUAAUGAACUAGGGAGCAGCAUGGCCCAGAAUAUCAAGUUCCGAGACGUCUGGUAUUUUAUUGGUCAGAAAGGUAUCAAAGGCUUCACCAACAUGGAGAAGAUAAGUUAUGCAGGAAUGGAUGCUGAAUGGCCAACACCUCUACAAGAUAGGUUAUGUGUUCCUGAUAAAAUAGAAGGAAGUGAUAUUAUCCCAGAUCCUCCAGCCAAUAGAAAUGAUGCUCGAAGGGAUUUUUGUAAAAAAUUUGAUGGAUAUGGCGAUUUCUGCAACCCGGAGCAUGUGGAUGAUCCAUUUAUAGUGCCAGCCAAACAUACAGAUGAGCAAUUGAAGGAAAACCCUGUAUAUUCAUCUCCAAUUGUUAUUAUUCCAGGUUUGAAUCACAAUGCUCUUGUUAGAACCAUGGAGACAACAAUAAUGCAACAAGGAAUCAAUCCAGAAAAUGUUCUGGUGAUGUUUGACGAGAAGUUUCCUGAGUUAUCAGACUUGGCAAACUUGUUUGGAUUCCGCAACAUUAGUUUAGAUGGCAGUGUGAUGUAUACAGAACAGGUGAUAAAGGCAUUGGAGAAAGCAGUCAGUGUUUUCCCAAAAGCUAAAUACAUGAUAGUACUAGAAGAAGAGCUUGUGUUAUCACCAGAUUUCCUGUAUUUUCUCUCACAAUGUACAUCUGUCCUAGACAAAGAUCCUUCUCUUCUAGGUGUUUCUACUUUCAAUUUUAAUGGGAAUAAGGAAACAUCCAGUAACAAAUCCCUUGUAUACAUGGUAGAUGAUUUCCCGGGGCUUGGUUUUAUGAUAAAAAUGUCAGUAUAUAGAGAGCGAAUGAAGGGGAGUCUUCAAUCAUGUUGCAGUAAUAGAACUUGGUAUGGUUGGUCACUACCCAUGUACAACCAGUCCCAUGGUGGAUACAUGCUGGUACCAGACGUAUCAAGAGUUUUCAGGAACCCAUACCAGGGAUUUAACUCAGAUGAAGACUUUCUUGUUCAUCUAUUUAAUAUGCCAAGGGAGACAAAUCUGGAAAAGGAUCCAGUGUUACUAGGAACUGAACAUCUUUCUGUGACAAAUUAUGACACUUUGAUAAAGGAAUAUAUAUCAUCAGCAACAUACAUUAGUGAUAGUGAUAUAGGGAAAUGCUCAUCAUCCAAAUCAUUGCUCAGAUUACCUGCAUCUGGAAAAAAUUUCCUGCUAUUUUACAACCAGACGAAGCCAGCAGAAUAUUCAGUGUUACAGAAGUUGAGCAGUUGUUUUAAUCUACACACGUCAGCUAAUCAUGCACCAUAUAACAUGUACAAAAAUGUACUGAGAUUCACAUACAUGGGGAACAAUAUCAUGUUAAUCGGAUCAAAGUCUGACUUUGCGGCUUUAAAACCAAACAAAAUACCGACCUUCAAGUAAAAUCCUCUCUUUUUGUGUUUCAAACUAUGAAAUAGUCUGUGAUUGUUUAGUGCAGGGAUCAAAAUAGGCUGUAUACCAAGUGCCAACAUUAAAACCUCAAUGUGUUGGUGUUUCUAUUUAUAGAUGUUGUGUUACUAUUAAUAGAUGUUGAUGAUGUCAUAUCACAUAAAUGUGUGUUGGUGUUACUAUUAAUAGACACAUAUAAAGACUAAUGGUAUAUUUGGAUUAAAGUAUUGAGGCUGUGUUACUAUAAAUAAAUGGUAAGUUUAUUUGGAUGUUACACAUAGGAUACCAUGUCUAGGUACAAAUGGCUUGAUAAAUUGCCAUCUUUGAAACAUACAUUACGGACCUACAGAAAUAAGGUGAUUAUAUCUAAUAAUGUGACUUGCCAUGUAAGUCUAUAUUGAUAUAAAAGUGUAAGUAUUGCACAGCUGAAAAUAUAUGGCUUCAUUUAAAAAAUGCAAAUGCAAAUGUUUAUCAUGAUCUCAAAUUGUCCAGUAUUUUUAGCUUUUGUUGCUAAGUAUGUAUUGUUGAUCAAGUGCAUUGCCAUUAUGAUUUAGAGUUGUGGGGUAUUCCUUGCCAUUCAAAUCUUAUUUAUAGAUUUGCCAUAAUUAUAUAUGCUAUUUAUAGCAUAUCUUUAAAGCUGCUUAAUAUUUUGUGUGUUGAAAUGUGUAAAGAAUGAGUGUAAUUUAUUCCUGUAAAAAUGAAUAGAUUUUCAAUUUUAUUAGAAGUGUCCCAUGGCUGAGUUACUAAGAUUGUUGACUCUGGACCAAUUGCUCCUCGCCACGGUAGGUUCAAAUCCCACCUGAGUCUUUGGCACUUUCAUGCGGGGAAGCUAUCAAGUAGCUUAAAGAAAGUGGGUGGUUCUAAUGGGGUGAUUAUUCAUACCUGUAAUAAGGCACAGAGGGGUACUUGAGGUCUUCUUCCAUGAAAAAAGAUGGAUAUUUGCCAUACAACCUUUACUAUGUGAUUUAAAACCCAACAACAACAGACUGUUGUGGGACAGUUUGAUCUUAUAUUGAUUUCUAGCUAUGAAAGGUCUUCCAGGAUUCUUUUCAGAGAUGUGCAGCAGUUGGGGCAUGAAGGACGGGAUUCAGAGUUAGAUCAUAUAAAUUUAACCAAAUUUUCAACAUUUUUUUGUUGAAUUUUUCACUAUUUUCCACUACAUAUUAGUUAUAUUAACUUAGAUUUUCAAACAAGAUUGAACAAUGCUCUAUCUUCAUUAAGGAAAAGUGUGUAAUCAAUAUGUAGAAAUAUUAUCUUCUUUCUGUGAUCACAAUAGAUGAUACAACUUGAAUUGUGUCAGCUUGCAAUAAAUGAUACAGUGAUCAUAAGUAAAAGAUGCUUGUAACCCAAUAACCCAUAUGAGCCGCGCCAUGACAAAACCAACAUAAUGGGUUUACUUUCUCUACUUGUUUUAGGGUUUGUAAGCCAACAGCAUGGAUCCUGAUCAGACUGCGCGGAGGCGCAGGCUGGUCUGGAUCCAUUCUGGUCGCAAACCCAUUAUGUUGGUUUUGUCAUGGCACGGCUCAUAUACAUUGAAUUGUAUAGACUUGUGUAAAUGAUACAUUGAUCACUGUUUCUACACUGUGAUAUUAUUGUACAUGAGUGAAUGUUCCAUUAUGGAGAAAUUGGAUGUUUUAGUGGGGUAAUUUUAUUUUUGUUUGCUUUUUGCCAAUCAAGCUAUUAAAUUUGUGUUCAAAGAACAGAUUUUUAUUUUUAAUGUUUUAACAUAUUUAAAUAUUCAAUAAUCGCAUGCUAAUAAUUUACAUUAAAUUGAUACCAGUGAAAAUAGAUAUUCAUUUCCAAAGGUAUUAUUGAGAUAUUGAACUUAAUAUACAGAGCUGGAGAUUGUUUCUUAGAGAUAAUAAGUGUUGCUAUGUAAUAAGUCAAAGGUAACGCUUGAGUGAAAUAUUGUCAUAUUUCAGCUCACCUGAGCACAAAGUACUGAGAGGUGAGCUUUUGUGAUGGCAGUGUGUCUGGCUUGUCAUCUGUCAUUAUCUCAACAACAUCAGUCUCCUCCUUAACUAGUUGAUGGUUUUUACCCAAACUUCACAGCAAUGACCUGAAGCUGGUCCUCUACAAAAAUUUUGUAAAUGGUUCCAGUCUGAUGCAUAAGAAGGUGGCUAGAGCUAAAAAUGAACUUUAAAAAUGAGAUCUUUAAAAAUCUUCAGAAACUGCAAUGGCCAAAUGGGCGGGGUAACCUCGGGACUGAUAUUUCGAUCCGAACUGCAAACAUACAUUGUAUGUCAGAUAUUUUUUCUUGCACAUAUGCCAUAUUUUUUUAUAUUUAAAAUAGUUUACCUCAAUAUAAGAUAUUUGUUCAUGUCAUUUCAUCCAUAACUAUUUUCUGACAAUAGGUAUUAAUUUACAAGUUUAAUAACAACGGCAAAAUGAUUUUAUCCUAAGCACAUAGUUCCCUUCUAAAAUGCGCAUAAUGACUCAUUUUAACGAUGUUCAUUCAUAAAAUUUGCUAAAAUGAUGUUGUAUGGCACGCGACUCAUCUGGUACCCACAAGCCAGAUGAAAUUUCCGGCAUCAUGGGUAAUACUUACGGAAAGCCAGUCUGCUAUGCAAGAAACGCCAGUCUACAAUACAAAAAUUCUUAAGUACAAAUGUCUUAAAAAUCUUUUUUACCUGAAAGUAUGAUGUCCAGAGUUUAGAUAUUUGGCAUGUAGAAUCACCUUGUCCUCUACAAAAUUUUUAAUGUUUAUACAACAUGCUGCUCGGGUCAAAUUGCUCUCACCCCUUGGGGGUCAUUUACGUUAUAUACACUUGUAUAGGAAAAUAUAAUAUAUUUAGAUAUAAAUUUGAUCUUCGUCAAUCAGGAAGUUGAGUUGGUGUAGCAUAGUCUUGCUCCAAAUAUCUCGAUUUUACACAGGAUUAAAAAGUAUACUGGGCCCAUCUGGCGAGAGAAAUAAGGCACACUGACGUUCUGACUGAAGGGACCAACUUUUCUUCAGAGUCCCGUGUGGCAACACUAAUAAUAAUAAUAAUAUCUUUAUUCAAAGAAGGUUACACAUUAAGAACAUACAAAAGCAAUCAUAUAUAUCUUAUUUCCAAUGUGGCCUUCUGAAGAAAAAAACAACAACAACAGGACAUGCAUAGGUAGAAAAAUGAAUGUAUAAUAUGUAAUAUUUACAUAAUAUACAUUCAUUUUUCUACCUACGCUGUAUACACUCAUUAUAUAGAUACCGUGCCUACGAAAUUACAAAAAAAAGAGACUCGACAUAAAUUAAAGUGACAUUAUACUCAUCCAAGUGUAAAUGGUGGGUGAAAAUGUCAAUGUCAAAACAACUUGAGAUUUUUCCAUAAUAGGUUUCAAUUUUAUAAUAUAGAUAAUAGUCCAUUAUAUAAUCAAUAACCCACGUGAAUCACAAUAAAUUCUAUAGAUAUCCUGCGGAAUAUAUCGUUAACAUUCCGUUGUUAAAAAGAGUGGGACAAGCCUUUUAUAUUUCAGGCAAUUUAUGAUAUUUUAUACUAGACAUGUUUCAUAAUCAAUAAUUGUUCAAUGGCCAUUAUUAUAGUCAAUCUUUUUAAAUAUAUAGUCAAUUUAACAUAACUCGGCAGCUAAAAAAAUGUGCAUUAUGUAACUUAAAGGUAAAAACAGCGUAAUUGAACCUUUUUAAGCAACGAUCUUUAUAAUCACGGUAAAAAAAAAUCAUAUCACCGGAAUAGGUAACAUAUGGCACUAGUUAAUUCUUUAUUAAUUCUUUAGUGUAUUGAGUCUUUAUUAAUUUUAUAAAAAAAUAUGCUUAUAAUAUAACAAUUUGCCUAUUAAUUUAUGUAUGUUAAAUACAAAUUUACUUUUUUUCCUCAUGCUUUGUCUUAAGAGACCGUUUCGUUAAGCGACUAUUUUUGGAGUCUUCCCUUGUGCGGUCGCUUAAUACACGUUUGACUGUAUACGUUUUAAUUAUAUGUGUAUAGUAACAUUAUUGUUCUUUUUUAUUAUUACCUUUUGCGCAAAAAGUACGUGGUCCCGCAGUGCUGUCAUGGUUGCUUAUAGUGUCACGUUCUCAGUCACAGUGCCUGAUAUCUGUCUGCACAGCUUACCACAAGUGGCACAUACAUCAUCCUUUGUGAUAGCUAUACGUAUGUGUGGUAAACAUGUACGCCAGAUGUCUUUGAAUGACGUGAACUCUAAAGCGCGCAUAGGCCUGUUUGUUGUUAAGGUAGUACACCCCUAAUGCACUAUCUCCACUUUGAAGAGUAUUGAAAUAGGUUAGAAUCACUGUAAAGUGUAAUGAAACUGAGGGGCGCGGGUUUAAACCCCAGAAGGGACAACUUUUUUUCUUUCUUUUUUUUUCUUUUUAACAUUUUUUAUUAAUCUCUCAGAUCCAUAAUAAGAAAAAAUUGUUUCAUUUUAAUAAUAUGAUUUUUGUAGGCAUUUAUUUAUUAAAUAAUGCCAAAUUAAAUAGAAAAUAUGAUACCACAUAUUUUCAAAGUUUAAUAAAAUAAAAACUACACGGUAAAAGUAUUUUAUAUAUUGCAAGACUAACCAAUGUACAUUUAAAAAAAUUUAGGCAAACUUUGAAAACAGCCCCUCAUUGUGGAAAAUUUUAGGGCUAUUUUUAAUAAGGCUUUUUACGCAGGGAAAUGGUCAAAUAAGUGUUAAAAGUGGGUGGGGUAGGGUUACAUUUUUAUACAUAUUGUAAACAUUUCAUUUAAAAACAAUCACUUUAUUUGUUUAAUUUGUUACCUAAAUGUCAUUAUUUGUUUCUAAACAAUGAGCAACAGGAAAACAGUUUUCAUAAUGAUGAUAUUAUGGAUUAUUAGGAGUUUCCUCAUUUCUGAAAAAAAAACCUUCUAAUAGCAAAGUUUUAGUUCAGAAAAAUGUCCAUAACUCAUAAACCACACGGUAAAUUUUGUUUAAAGUUUGCAUACAGGUGACAUUAACGGCAUAUAACUGUCCUAUGUUGUCAAUUUUACAGUUCCUUAUAGUGCCCAUUAGGGGUGUGCUACCUUAAGUUGGUGCAUGUAUUUUUGUGUGCCAGACGUCAGAUACGCUGGUUGGAUGUUAUCUAGUCAACGAGGGUCUACAGGUUGUGGAAGACCUCUUUCUUCAGCUUAAUUUCGAAUGAACUGAACAAAACUCAUGACAUCAUCAUACGUAUUAUUGUGCUUUGGUUUUCUUUCUGCGUUGUCUUGCUGGUCUGAUAGGCAAAACAAACAAAUAUCCUCUAUGUGUUAAAAAUCACAAACACUUUGUGACCACUUGGCCACUUUUAACAUUAAAAAAAUGUUACCUUUUUUAGCAAUUUAUCAUAGGUGAGCGAACCAGAGCCAUUAUAGCCCUCUUGUUUGAUAAUUUAUAUUUAUUAAUUUUGUUAUAGCAAUCUUGCAAUGUUAAAUUUUUUCUCUAUCAUUAUUUUCAUGUACAAUUUGACAUGUGCCAUAUGAAAUCACAAUUAUUAGAUAGUUUUGUCACUUUAAAUAUCCUUUACAUGUUUUUGUUAGAUGUAUUGAAAAUUUGAAAAUUUAUAA